CAGCCAGGUACAGGCUGGUAUACGUCCCUCAUAUACUGGGAAUGUAGCAGUGCCUCGAUGGUUUAACUCACCGCAACUCCAUUAAGGAUUGUUUGACAUGAUAGAUUCCCGGGCAUUGUGCUGCUUGUAAUACGAGACUCCAAUUUUCUCACCAUAGUGGAGCCUAUGAUGAAUUCAUACAGCCGACACAGGUACGAAAUAGCCUGUUAUGGCCGUUUGGUGCAUGGAGGCUGGCCAAAGAUCCCCCAUCGCGUCGCCUACAUAGGAGCGGUGCUCUAGAUACCACGAGAAAGAGAUGCGGCAAGCGAGACGAGUCAGUACCGCGACUUGCACACGAAAGAUCGGGUGCAGACAAAGAACCCGGCUCACCAUCAGUAUAUCCCAUCCAGGCACAGCCACGGCACCUUCCAGACCGAGUAUAACCAGAAUCACCACCAACACUGAAGAACACACGACACUAUCGCCGGCGUUCCUCCCCCCCCCCCCCGGCACAACGAGCUUCACAAUCCGCACCAACUCUGGUGACUCACGUUCAGGAUACUACAGCGUCAAGCUCCGUGUACCCUGCAUUCGGGUUUGGUGUCCAGGGAGUCCUGCGCCGGCGGCCAUACAUGGUAUAUCACUCGGGAAAACACGAGAUUCACCCCAUGCCUGAGGCAGGUUGAGGUAUGACGACCAGCUUGCCCAGC